AUGAGCAAAGCUGCGAACGAACCGGUUCCUCGUCUGCACCUCCUCCUGCACCUCCUGCUCCUGCUGCUCCUCCACCUGCUCCUAGUCUCAGCGGGGGGUCCAGCGCGCUACUUCGGCCAGAUCCCAGAGAACUCCCCGGCCGGGACCCCGGUGGUCGGGGUGGUCUUACCGCUGGAGACCGGCAGCUGCCCCGGAGCGGACCUCAGGGCCGGCCUGAAGGGGGACUACAAGGAGGACUUCCAGCUUGUUCGCCACCGGGGCAGCCGGGUCCACUGGGACCACCUGGGUCACCUGGACCCCCGGUGGUCCCGGGACCACCUGGUUCUGGUGUCCUCCAAAGUGCUGGACCGGGAGUUCAUCGCGAUGUACCAGCUGACGGUGCAGCUGCCGUCCCGGUGCCGGGGGGGACCGGCCGCGGUCCGGGUCCAGGUGGAGGUGUCGGACCGGAACGACAACACCCCCCGGUUCACCAGCGGGAACGUGACCGUGGAGGUGGACGAGCUGACCCCGGUCGGGACCGAGCUGGCCCGGUUCGACGCGAGGGACGGGGACGCGGACCGGAACGGGCUCGUGAGCUUCUUCGCGUCCCCGGAGGUUCCUGUGCUGCACGUGGGCCCGCGGACCGGACGGGUGACGCUGGCCGGGUCGCUGCGGGGGGUUCGGCACGUGACCCUGCGCGUGCACGUGAGGGACGGCGGGGACCCGGUUCUGCUCGGGGACCCGGUGCUCCUGCACGUGACCGUGCACCGGCACCGAACCAGCAGGGGGCCGCGGGCCGUCCCCGAGGAGCCGGUCUACACGGUGACCGUUCCGGACCACGUCCGGGUCGGGGACCUGGUGUUCACGGUGCCGGACCAGCGGUUCCAGCAGCGCUGGUUCGAGGUUCUGUCCGAGGCGGACUCCCCGGUCCAGGUGGAGCGGGACUCGGGGCGUCUGUACCUGGCGAGCCGCCUGCAGGAGCCGGCCCACGUGACCGUGAAGAUCCAGAACCGCAGAGGUGAGGACUGGUACCUGAGCAGACUGACGCUGAGCAUGCCCAGUCAGGCCGACCUGCAGUGGGCCAUGUUCCCCUCGCCCUACCUGGGCACCGUGGGGCCCGACGCCGCGCCCGGCGCAGCAGUGUACCGGCUGUUGGCACGGCAACGAGACGGGACGCAGGCACAGGCCCAGUUCCUCCUGCUGGACGGUGGGGACGAGUGCUUCGAGGUGGACCGUCGCUCCGGUGAGAUCCGGACCACCGGACGACCUCUGACCCCCAGUAAGGAGUAUCUGCUGCGGGUGCAGGCCGUGGACGAGCACGGACGUAAAGGGGCGUCGGCCACGGUUGCCAUCCUGGCCGGUUACCGGCCGCCGCAGUUCACCAACGCCACCUACAGUCUGGACGUAGCAGAGAACACAGCGGUCGGACAAUCAGUCGCUGUGGUUCAGGCCGUCUCCUUCCAGAAGAAGAGUCUGUCCUACAUGCUGCUGGUGAAUCCUGGGAAUCUGUUCAGCGUGCACCAGGAGAGCGGAGCGCUCAGCCUCACCCGGGCCGUGGACUACGAGAGCGGCCACCACGUCCACACGCUGCAGGUCCGAGCCGCCGAGCCCGACACCGGCCUCAGCGGCGUGGCAGAGGUUGUCCUUCAUGUAACGGAUGAGAACGACUGCACACCUGAGUUCCUCCACUCCAUCUACACCAGAGACAACAUACCUGAGAGCAUCGCACCUGGGAGCUCCCUGCUGCAAGUUCUAGCCCGGGACUGUGACUCGGGCGUAAACUCGGAAAUCUCCUACUUCGUCCACGGCAGCGAUUUUGACAUCACAUCAGGGGGUGUGGUCAGCCCCGCCCACUUCCUGGACUACGAGCGACCCAAUCACAUCUAUGAGUUUGUGGUGGUGGCUGUGGAUGCGGGCACGCCCCCCCGCACCGGCACCGCCUCCGUCCGCAUCCGAGUCUCCAAUAGCAACGAUGAGGCGCCCGUCUUCUCCCAGAGCGUGUAUAAGACCUUCCUCAGUGAGGACGCUGGUCCCGACACGCUGGUCGCCAUCGUCCACGCCAAUGACCCGGAUGGAGAUGCCGUCUCCUACGCCAUCACCGGUGGCAACGAGGACAGCAACUUCCUGCUGGACAACCAGAAAGGCAUCAUCAAGCUGCGGCGAAGCCCCCCCCCCCGGCUGCGAGGGCUUCAGUACGUCCUCAACAUCACGGCCACGGACGACAACGCGUCCGGCGGCCCGUUCCCGCUCAGCAGCGCCACCCAGGUCAUCGUGGGAAUCAACGACAUCAACAACAACAAGCCGGUCUUCCAGGAGUGUCAGAACUACAGCCUGAACGCCGCCGUGCUGGAGAACCAGCCGCCGGGCACGUUCGUGCUGCGCGUCCGGGCGCUCGACGCCGACAUGGGGGUCAACGGAGAGGUCAAGUACGGCAUCAUGCACAGAGACGGCGUGUCGUCAGGUUUCGACAUCGAUCCCGACACCGGCGUCAUCACCACGGCGAUGAGUUUCGACAGAGAGCGCCAGCGGGAGUUCACGCUGUCGGUGACGGCCACGGAUCAGGCCGAGGAGCCGCUGAUCGGGAUCUGUCCGAUCACCGUGGUCGUCUCCGACCAGAACGACAACGACCCCAAGUUCCAGAACAGCCGCUACCAGUACUUCCUGCGGGAGGACUCUCCGGUUGGAACUAGUUUCCUGCGAGCGGCGGCACACGAUGACGACCAGGGCAGCAACGCGGCCAUCACCUACUCACUGUCCAAUCAGGAGCCAGCGUACCUGCACAUCAACCCCAGCACUGGCUGGAUCUACGUCAAUCAUCCCAUCUCACAGACGUCCAGGAUCAGCCAGCAGAUCGUGGCGUCGGACGGAGGAAACCGCAGCAGCUCCGUGGAUCUGACCGUCAUCAUCACCAACGUUCACAACCAGCCGCCGCAGUGGGAGGAGCCCGGCUACUGGGUCACCGUCCCCGAGAACACCGCCCGGGACGCCAAGGCUCUGACGGUGAAGGCCACCUCCCCCCUGGGCGACCCCCGGGUGACCUACAACCUGGAGGAGGGUCAGGUGCCAGAGACCAACAUGCCGGUGCGUUUCUACAUCAAACCGAACCGCGCCGACGGCUCGGCGGCCAUCUUGGUCGCCGAGAACCUCGACUUCGAGACGACUCGCUCCUUCACGCUCCGAGUGCGAGUUCAGAACGUGGCCGCCGUGCCGCUCGCCUCCUUCACCAGCGUCCACAUCAACGUGACAGAUGUGAACGACAAUGUUCCCUUCUUCCUGUCGUCCACCUACGAGGCCACGGUGCCCGAGGGCGCCGAGGUCGGCACGUCGGUGGCUCAGGUGUCGGCCACGGACCUGGACUCUGGUCUGCACGGGACGAUCCGAUACUCCAUCCUGAGGGACGAGAGCGGAGACUCUCAGUUCUUCAGCAUCGACUCGCGUAGCGGCGCCAUCGUGACCCGGGCGACCUUCGACCGCGAGCAGAAGGCCUCCUACCUGAUCGAGGUGCAGUCACAGGACGGCUCCGAGUCGGCCAGACCCGGACAACAGGGACAGCCCAACACCGACACGGCGUACGUCAGGAUCUUCAUCACCGACGUGAACGACAACGCGCCGGCGUUCGCCCGGCCGCUGUACGAGGUGAGCGUGGAGGAGGACCAGGAGGUCGGCUUCGUCCUCUUCACCGUCACCGCCAACGACGAAGACGAGGGGGCCAACGCUAAGCUGCGGUACCAGAUCACGGCGGGAAACGCCCUUGGCUCCUUCGACGUGGAUCCCGAGGUGGGCAGCGUCUUCGUGGCGAGGGGGCUGGACUACGAGACGGAGCAGCGCUACGAGCUGCGUCUGGUGGCGUCCGACGGGAAGUGGGAGAACCAGACGCUGCUGCAGGUGACGGUGGUCAACCACAACGACGAGGCGCCGGUCUUCAGCCGCAGCGAGUACCAGGCCGCCGUGGAGGAGGAGCUCAGCACGCUGCCCGUCUUCAUCCUGGAGGUGUCGGCCACAGAUCCCGACCAAGAAGCCGACCAAACCGCCGUCCGCUACUCGCUCCACGGCCAGGGCGCCGGGGGGGAGUUCACCAUCGAUGAACGCACUGGAAGGAUCUACGCCCAACGCCGCCUGGACCGCGAGGAGCGACCGGCCUGGAGGUUCCUGGUCCUCGCCACAGAUGAGGGAGGGGCGGGACUCACAGGAUUUGCCGAUGUGCUGUUAGAAGUCCAAGACGUCAACGACAACGCCCCCUUCUUCCCGUGUCCGGCGCUGGAGGUCGACGGUUGUUUCGUUGGCGAAGUGCCUGAGAACUCGCCCGCAGACACCUCGGUGAUGGAGAUGCGAGCGAUGGACCUGGACGACUCCAACCAGGGCAGGAACGCCAUGCUGACCUACAGCAUCAUCAAGAACGUCCGCAAUGAGAUCAACCUCAACCUGUUCUCCAUCAACGCCACCACGGGAACCAUCUACACCGUCCUGCGCUCCCUGAACCGGGAGGUGGAGGACCGCUACCUGGUGGUGGUGGAGGCCAGGGACGGAGGUGGACUCGCGGGGACGGGGACCGCCACCAUCACGGUGUCAGAUGUCAACGAUCACCCGCCCGUCUUCACUCAGAGGAUCUACACCACUCAGGUGACAGAAGACCUGGAGGUGAACAGCGAGGUCCUCGUGGUUUCUGCCACAGAUGGAGACGAGGGCGAGAACGCCGUGGUGACCUUCAGCAUCGUGGCGGGCGACGAGGACAGGAAGUUCUUCGUGGAAACGGACAAACUGAACCGGCGUGGCGUGAUAAAGCUGAAGAAGACGCUGGACUUUGAAAAGCCUCACGAGAGAACGUUCAACCUGACCCUGAAGGCCGAGGACGCCGAUUUCUUCAGUCUGGCGUUCUGUCUGGUUCAGGUGGAGGACGCCAACGACCACGCCCCCGUCUUCCUGCCGCAGUUCUAUGAGUCGCCGGCCAUGUCCGAAGACGUUCCCGUCGGGACGAUCGUUACCCAGGUUACCGCUUCGGAUCUCGACUCGAGCCAAAAUGGCCGUUUCUCCUACAGUAUCUCCAGAGAGUCCGACCCGUUGGCUCAGUUCCUGGUGGACCAGGCGGGUUGGGUGGUGCUCGCCGACUCGCUGGACCGGGAGAGAACCUCCCAGCACCGGAUUAUGGUCCUCGCUACCGACGCUGGGACUCCGCCCCUGACAGGAACCGCCAUCGUGAUGGUGACGGUCCUCGAUGUUAACGACAACGGGCCGGAGCUGGAGGUCGCCUACGAGCCCGUCGUCAUGGAGAACACGGCGGCGCCUCAGGCCGUUCGGAUGAACAGAACCUCGCUCCUCCUCCACGCCACCGAUCCAGACACCUCCACCAACGGCGGACCGUUCUCCAUACGACUCCUCAUGCUCACCUCGGACGCCACCAACUUCAACUUGACCGACUUUGGGAACGGCAGCGCCGCCGUCACCGCGCUGCGGACGUUUGAUCGCGAGCGGCAGAAGGAGUACCGCCUCCCGAUCCUCAUGAUCGACAGCGGCUCUCCUCCAAUGAGCUCCACCAGCACACUGACCGUGGUGAUUGGAGACAGAAAUGACCACCCCCACUCACCAGGACACACCCACUUCAUCGUGUACAGUUUUGAGGGUGACCUCCCGACGACGGCGCUCGGACGCGUUCAGGCGCCCGACCUCGAUGACUGGAGUGAGAAGGUGUUCCGCUUCCAGGGCAAACCAAGCAGGUUGUUCAGUCUGAACCACAGCUCGGGGCAGCUCAGCGUGCGGGAGGCCACGCCCCCGGGGGCGUACCUCCUGCAGGUGGGCGUGUCCGAUCGCACCUGGCCCGACGUGACCUCCACGGCCCGGGUGGACGUGGUGGAGCUGCAGCAGGACGCCAUGCAGAACGCCGCCUCCAUGCGCCUGGCCAACCUGACCGUGGAGCAGUUCUUCAGCAGCAGUGGAGGUGAGAGUCGUUUCUCUCGUCUCGGUCGAGCGUUGGCUGAACUCCUCCAGACUCUUCCAGAAAAGGUCCAGAUCUUCUCUGUGGGCGCCGGGGGGGGACGGGGGGAGGAGCUUGACGUCUGGUUCGCUGCUCGCGGCUCGCCGUACUACAAGAAGGAGAAACUGCACGGCUACGUGGCGGCGAACAAACUCAAGCUGGAGGCCGCGGUGGGCGUGUCCAUCUCUCAGGUGGGCGUGGACGACUGUCCGCACGCCGGCUGCGAGGCGGGCUGCAGCAGCGAGGUUUCCUUCGGCCGGACGCCGGUGGCGCUCAGCUCCGGGGACACGACCCUGGUGUCGCUGGCGGCCGCGACCUCGGCUCGCUGCGGCUGCCGGGGUCGAGAGGUCGUCCCACUGCCCUGCUCCUCCUACCCCCCCCCCGGCCCCUGCUUCAACGGGGGCACCUGCCAGGACGGGCCCGUGGGACACAGAUGUCGGUGCCCCCCCCUGUUCGACGGGCCCGAGUGCCAGCAGACCAAGCACAGCUUCGGGGGGCGGGGCUACGCCUGGUUCCCGCCCAUCACGCCGUGCUUCCAGAGCCACAUCUCCCUGGAGUUCCUGGCCGAGUCGGCCAACGGGCUGCUCCUCUACAACGGGCCCCUGGGCCCCCCCGACUCGGCGGAGCAGGAGGACUUCAUCUCCAUCGAGCUGAGGAACGGCGUUCCAGCUCUGAGCAUCAACCACGGCUCGGGGACGCUCAGCCUGCAGCUGCCCCCCCGAUCCACCGCCACCGACCGCCGCUGGCAUCGCCUCGAGGUCAUCAGCGACGGGAAGGCCGUCCAGCUGAUUCUGGACCAGUGUGGGGGGGCUGCGGUGAACGAGGUGGAGGGCGUGGGGGGGGCCACGCAGGAGGUGGACGAGUCCGGCUGCAGAGCGUCAGGAGAAACACCCGGGAACCAGAGGUAUCUGAAUGUGUUCCAGCCGCUCCAGUUGGGGGGGGUGAAGGAGGUGAAGGAGACGUCUCCUCACAGACGUUUCCAGAGUUUCACCGGCUGCAUCCGCAACCUGGUGGUGGACAGUCAGGUGUACGACCUGGCGUCUCCGGGUGAGAGUGUGGACAGCGCCCCCGGCUGCCGGCUGACCGACGGCGUGUGUGUGACGGCCGAUCGUCCGUCAUGUGGUCCGCACGCCGCCUGCCACGCCGCCUGGGGCUCGUUCAGCUGCCGGUGCCACCCGGGGUUCACCGGGCACAAGUGUGACACAGUGGUCCCUGAGUUCUCCCUGGACUCCGGCAGCAUCGUGCGGUUCCAGCUCCGAGGCGGCGGCAGCUCGCGGCGCACACACGUCCAGAUGCUCGUCCGGACCCGAGCCGCCUCGGGCACCCUGCUCUCCGUGGCGUCCCGGGACGCCAGCGAGUUCAUCGUCCUGGAGGUCACUGAAGGUCACCUCGCCGUUCGCGCCAACCUCGGUGACGGCGCCGGCGCCCUGCGGCUCCUCAGCCAGCGGGUAGACAUCGGGCAGUGGGUCCUGGUCAGCCUCAGUCGCCAUGACAACGUGUUCACCCUGCGGCUGGAGCAGGGCGGAGGGUCGCGGGAGGUCGAGGCGCCGCUGGGGAGCCGCAGGGAGAUCGUGGUCGACCCCGGGAGCGUGACGGUCGGGAACGGCCCGAACGCCGGAGACGAGACGGCGAACUUUCACGGCUGCCUGCGGGACGUGCGUCUGGACGGCCAGCUCCUCCCUCUGGACGGGCGGAGCCGGGACCUGGUGACGGUGCUGGAGAGGCGUGGCCUCAGCGCCGGUUGCCCCAGCGAAGCCUGCAGCAGCACGCCGUGCCGCGGCCCGCUGCGCUGCAUCGACCUGUGGAGGAAGCACCAGUGCAGGUGUCCCGGUGGUCAGGUGACCGAGACCGAUGAGGCGGGUCAGCCGCGGUGCAAGCCCUCGCCGUGCGGCCUUCACUCCUGCCGGAACGGAGGCACGUGUCAGGCGCUGUCGGCCGACAGCUUCCGCUGCCGGUGCCAGGAAGGGUUCAGAGGUCAGCGCUGCGAGCUGGGGCAGGUCAAAGGUCACCGGCUGGCCGCCCUCAGUCCCAGCUCCAUCCUCGCCAUCAGCAUGUGUCUCCUCGUCUUCUUCGCCGUGCUGGUGGCGGUGACCGUGUGGAACCAGAAAGGAAGCCGCAACAAGUUCAGGAAGCGCGGAGUUUACCACAUCCCUGCUGAGCACGAGAGCUGGGAGGACAUCCGGGAAAACAUCCUCAACUACAAUGAGGAGGGGGGGGGCGAGCAGGACCAGAACGGGUAUGACAUCACGGAGCUGAAGCGUCCCCUGGGCUCCAGCUUGUCUCAGUCCUCCUCCUGCACCACCGCUCCGCUCCUCAAGUCCUCCCCCGGCUCCCAGGAGGAGGUGCACCCCCCCGGCUCCCAGGAGGAGGUGCACCCCCCCGGCUCCUCCUGCAGCUCGGGCGCCCCGUACCUCAGCAUCCCGCAUCACCACCACCAUCAUCACCAGCACGCCGCCGCCAGCCACAGCGGCGACGCAGCCUCCGCCCACUACACCGCCCUCGCCGGCAGGGAAGUGGAGACGAGCGACGCAGGAAGUUGCGCCGACGCCGGCCACCAGGGGGCCCGCUCCCACGUGGACUUUAAGAGCUACGUGUCACGGAUCAUCUGGGAGGCCGACAAUGACAGUGAGGCGUUCCCGCCGGACGCCUUCCAGGUGUGGUGCGUGGAGGGCUCGGGGUCGUCGGCGGGAAGCCUCAGCUCGCUGGGGUCGGACGCCUCCCGUGGAAAGGUCAACGCCGCUCGGGGCCACGCGGAGGAAGAGGAGGAGGAGGAGGAAGGAGGGUUUGUGUACGAGCGGCUGUCGCGGUGGGGCCCGAGGUUCCAGGCUCUGAGCGCCAUGUACGACCGGCCUCCGCUGCGCCUCACGCACACGGACGCCAUCAGCUACAUCCAGAGGAGCCACGAGCAUCUGCCUCAGCACCACUAG